AAGAAGAAGAAGAAGCUCUGAGCGUUGGAUAACAUGAAAUAUGUUUUUGAUGCUCAUUCCAAGCAAAUUGAUGAAUGUCAGCCUCAAGACUUAUCACAAGUUUGACACGGCUAGAUGUUCAUACCAUGCAACCCCGUCCAAAUUUGAAUCUGACACCCGGAAACAUGGCCUGAUGUAGGCUACUCCGCGUCUUCCUACAUGUAUAAAGCUUGAUGCCGCUGGAUCUCUAUCUUCAGCUUUUCCUUUUCCUAUCCAUCUAUCUUUUACCUUUUCGAGUAUCGAUUUCUGAGAAAGAAACUAGCCGAAAAUGGCUUCCUCUAGUCGUAUCAGAGAACUUGCAUCUCGGAUUUCGGAUUAUGCAAUCGAGAUUGAGACACAGUUGUCAAGGCAAAAUCUUACUCUGCCAACCUUUGAGCCGGAUUCCCCAAUCGAUUUACCUCCUGCAAUUCAUGGGACACAGGUAGCCCUUCUUGAAGCCGCCGAUGAACUUGUAUUGCUUGUACAAGGGCCAAUGCAAUCCUUAAUGCACAUUGUUGGUUAUUCCCAUAAUGCCCGAAAUUCACUUCAUGCAAUCAUCCGCUAUGAUCUUGCUACUGCUGUUCCGAUUGACUCAACUGCAACUUUCGAGGAUAUCGCACUCGCAAGAGGGCUUAAUACUGUCGAUACUACUCGUGUAUUACGUCAUGCAAUGACUUUUCAUGUUUUUGCCGAGAACAGCCCUGGGAUAGUGAGCCAUACUGCAUCGUCACGUUUAAUUUCCGAACGUUCUGAUUUGCGAGCAUGGAUAGCAACUACCCUGGACGAGCUAUUACCAGCGGCGUCGAGAAUGGUAGAUGCAAUGGAAAAAUGGCCGGGUUCUGAGGAGCCAAAUGAGGCUGGAUGGAAUAUUGUGAAUAAUGAAUCCAGACCGAUGUUUGAGGUGCUAGGAAACGACCAGAAGAGGGCAAAAAACUUUGCAGGAUCCAUGACAUUCUUUGAGGCACGACCAGGCAUCGCUGUAAAGUAUUUGGUCGAGGAUAAAGCUUUGGAGUGGGACAGGGUUAAAAGGAUGGUUGAUGUUGGUGGGAGUCAUGGUAAGGUCGCAUUUGCACUGGCUAGGAGGUAUCCCGGUCUAUCUUGUAUAGUGCAAGACCUCAAAAGUGUUGUGAGUGGAGCGCAAGUCCCUGUUGAUUUAGUUGACUCAGUGACGUUCAUUCCUCACAACUUUUUCGAUGCCCAGCCUGUGAUAGAUGCUGAAGUAUAUCUACUGAGGUGGGUAUUGCAUGACUGGUCGGACAAGUAUGCAAUUAAGAUUUUACAAGGUCUGAUACCUGCAAUGAGAACUGGAAUCAAGGUAGUUAUCAACGAGGCAUGUCUACCUGACUUUGGCACGAUGUCACUAUAUGAGCAACGAUUUCUGCGGGCAACAGACAUGACCAUGAAGCAAAUUCAGAAUGCUCGAGAGCGAGAUCAGGAAGACUGGGGAGCAUUGGUAAAAGCUGCAGACAGUAGGUAUAAGCUUCAAAGUAUUUCGCGACCUGAAGGAUCUGAGCUCGCCAUUAUCACUUUAGUAUGGGAAUGAUUUCACAGUAUCUCUGUUAUCGGGGUGCUUGAAAUAUGUGCAGAGCAUUACAAAGUAUCCUUUAGAUAAAUCAUACAUCCACCU